UUUUUGGGUUGGAGGGGGGGGUGGAGCCUGCGUACUGCUGCAGCUGUCUGUGAUUGUGUAGUUGUGUGAGGUUGUGUAGUGUGUGUGAUUGUGUAGUGUGUGGAGCCACAGAGAUGCAGCUAUAGUCUCCGCUUCAGUCUGAGAAAAACCGAACCCAGAGGACCGUCAGAGUUUCAGCUUCAGAGCAUCGGAAAGAGAGAGAUCAUGGCAGAGCACCAGAGGCAGCGCUCGCUCUCCACCGCCGGGGAGACUCUGUACCUCGUGCUGGGGGUGGAGAAGGUGGCGACCCCCGACGACAUCAAGAGGUCCUACAGGAAACUUGCGUUGAAGUUCCACCCCGACAAGAAUCCCGAAAACCCCGAGGCGGCGGAUAAAUUCAAGGAGAUCAACAACGCUCACGCCAUCCUGAACGACCCGACCAAGAGGAACAUCUACGACAAAUACGGCUCUCUGGGGCUCUACGUGGCCGAGCAGUUCGGAGAGGAGAACGUCAACACCUACUUCGUUCUCUCCAGCUGGUGGGCCAAGGCGCUGUUUGUGUUCUGCGGUCUGGCCACCGGCUGCUACUUCUGCUGCUGCCUGUGCUGCUGCUGUAACUGCUGCUGUGGGAAAUGUAAACCCCGGCCUCGAGAGGGCCAGGAGCAGGCGUUCUACGUGUCUCCUGAAGACCUGGAGGCCCAGCUGCAGUCUGACGAGAGAGUAGAGGCUGGGGGCGACCCCAUAAUGCUGCAGCCGUCAGCCACAGAGACCACGCAGCUCACGGGGGACGGCCAUCACUCCUACCACACCGACACCGGCUUCAACUAACCCCCGCCCCCCCCACGACCCACCCACCCCCCCGCGGUCCUGCCUGCUCCACCUCAGCCAGAAGAAGAGGGCGGCGGCCAUGUUGUUUCCAGAGCGGCGCUGAGGGACUCGUAAGCAUGGCCCGUUACCAAGGAACUAAUCAAGAAGUCACUCCUCAAACAGUUUGGUUUCUCUCGGCCUUUUGACCCCCCCUCUCUCUCUCUCUCUUUGUCCCACAUCCUGGCAUGCACUGUUUCCAAAAUGGUAUCCAAAUGUUUCAUGUUUUGCAAAACAGUUUUACUCUGCAGAGUUCAUAGAUGAGAGCAGCAGCUACGUCGCUUCCUGGCAAAAUUACAGCCCCGCCCACUUAUGUGUGAAACCAAAACAUCAGCGUUAAGCGGGGAAAUAUAGUUGUAUCUUUGCUAAAACCUGUUGUGUUGUGUAUUGCACAAACAACAACAAUAUUUCUCUUUACUUCCUCUCCGAAAAAAGGUGGAUCUGUGGCUUCAGGCCUCGUACGUCUGUGGGAAACACUUCCUCACAGCUAAUGAUGCUAACGAGGCUAACGUCAAUCAUCAACGUAAACAGUUGUAAUAGUAAAAGUCAGAGUAGUAAAUAUACUGCAUGUACUCCAUUCACAUAUAUGCAGUACUAGCCACUCAUCCACUGUUAGAGUGAAAUAUAUUUAUUUAAAUUAAACUAUAAAUAGACGCUGAUGAUAAUAAAUCUCCAACAACAUUCUGUAGUCAUUUGAGCAUCCUAAUUGGGCUCCAUGUAGAUUAAAAAACGCACUGUAUUCCUCAUGUUUUCAUGUGAUUAGCGAAAAAACCUCACAAUCUGUACUUCCCGCCAGUCACAUGACACCCAAAGUCACCCAAAAAGGGGCGGGGCAUGACGUAGAAGGAAAGAACCCGAUUGGUUGCUCUCAUCUAUAGAUAUAUACGUGUUAGUGCAAUAUGUUCACACAGAGGAGAGGGGGCUCAGGGGGCUUUUCAGACGGUGUGUGAUCAGUGCUAUCAUUUACUCGUGCAAUUUUUCCCUUAAAUCAGAGCCCGUUUGAGUCUGUGUGUGUUUGUCUGUGAGCGUGCCCCCCCCCCCAGCCCCCCCCCC